AUGCAAGCCAGACGGGACCAGAACCUCCUUCGUUUGCCUUUGCCUUCGAAUGGCGUCCUGUUGCAUGUGUCUCGCCCAAUCCCUGGUGCACCCGAGACUCUGCAGUUUCUGAGUGACAACAAUAUUCCCUUUAUCCUUCUCACCAAUGGUGGAGGGAAGCAUGAACUGGACCGGGUCAAGAAUCUCAGCGAUGAGCUCGGAGUCCACCUGACGACGGAUAACUUUGUACAGUCUCACACUCCCUUUCAAGAGCUCCUUGACGGCCCGGAUGGCUUGCGCGAAAAGACCGUGCUAGUGACCGGGUCCGACUAUAACAGAUGUCGAAACAUCUUCCAGGCGUACGGCUUCCGUCGCGUGGUGACCGUUGGCGAUAUCUUCAAUGCAGACAAAAGCAUAUUCCCCUUUUCCCCGCCGAACUUUGAAGGAAGCGGUGGUCCUUGCCCCCUGCCUGCUCCCCUUUAUCAGCCUCCAGAACGCACUCACUCCGACACCUCUCUUCCCAUCACCUCGACCCUCAAGAUUGACGCUAUCUUCGUCCUCAACGACCCCCGUGACUGGGCCCUCGAUUUGCAGGUGAUUACCGACAUCCUGCUCUCGCACCGCGGCUACGUCGGGACAUACUCACCCCUCAAUAACAACCCGAGCUUGCCGAACAACGGCUGGCAGCAAGACGGUCAACCACCCAUCUACUUCAGCAACUCGGACCUCUUAUGGGCGGCCCGCUACCAUCUCCCGCGACUCGGACAGGGCGCAUUCCAGGCCGCGCUAGAAGGACUCUGGAGGCGAAUCACGGGAGGAGCAGAACUACAGAAUGUGACGAGGUACGGCAAGCCGUUUGCCAACACGUACCGGUAUGCGGAAGGCGUGUUGGCGGACCAUCGCGCGGAGACGCUGCGCAAGAUGGGAAUCAAGUUGGUAGAUGAGUGUGGCGAGGGGGAGUGCGGGAAGAAGGGGCACCCGCCGCUGAAGAGGGUGUAUAUGGUUGGCGAUAACCCGGAAAGCGACAUUGCUGGCGCGAACAGCUACGCCAGUAAGGAGGGAACAGAGUGGGUAUCGGUUCUGGUGAGGACGGGAGUUUGGAAGCCGGAGAUGGGCCGAAAAUUGGACGGAGUACAUAAGCCCAAGCAGAUCGUGAAAGAUGUUAGGGAAGGAGUGAGAUGGGCUCUCGAAAAGGAGGGAUGGAAGGGCAAGGAGUUGUAG